AUGUCUUCUCGAACCUUUUUUACCUUAUUAAUCUUUUCUAUCGAAACUUAUGCAAAAGUAGCCGAGAAUUGGCCUUGGCCGGACCUUGACUGGCUUCAUUUACAGCAGCCAAAAUCUUGGGAUCACGAUAAAGGCAAAAUGUUUGGUGAUGCUUUAUGCAAAAAAUUUGAUAAUGCUGAGAUUUCAUUAAAUGAAACCCGUUCUCCAGAAGAAAUGAAACAUUUCAUUCAGAAGUUUUUGAAGUUGAGAGAUUACUAUUGUUCUGCGAACGUGAAGAAUGAACUGAAUGCUUUCACUCCACUUGUCCGAAGGUGUUCAACUGCCAAAAUUGAUGCAAAAGUACAAGAGAUUUGCCAAGAGCAAAGCAUGAUGUCAAGUGAAGAUUGUCGCUCCGAUGAAGAUUUGCUGCUUUGUGAAAUCUUCUCGAGAGCUCAUUUCUGUGGAGGAAAGAGGCAAAAGUUUGUUUCGUUGGCGGAAUUCACGAAGAUCAUUGUUAGUUUCGAGUUCCCAAAAGAAAUCUCUCAACCAGAGCCCUGUUAUCAACACAUUAUUGAAACGUUGGACUGGAUCAUCGAGGAUUUUUCG